ACAAUCAUGAUGAGAAUUGAUGAUCGGACACGCUGAUUUCAUUGUCUGAGGAGGCUGUAAGACCCAGGAAAAAUCUUGCUGAAUCUGCCUGCCCAGGCACUGGCCUGAUUGGGGAUCCUCCGGUCCUUCCAGUGACCGCACCACGCUGCGAGAUGAAUCUGCGUUCUGUAUUUACUGUAGAACAACAAAGGAUUUUACAGCGUUAUUACGAAAAUGGAAUGACAAAUCAAAGUAAAAAUUGCUUUCAGCUCAUAUUACAGUGUGCACAGGAGACUAAGCUGGACUUCAGUGUAGUCAGGACGUGGGUUGGCAAUAAGAGAAGAAAAAUGAGUAGUAAGAAUUCUGAAUCAGGAGCAACAACAGGAACUCUUCCCAGUACCUCUUUGACAGCUCCGGACAUUACAGUCAGAAAUGUAGUUAACAUCACUCGACCAUCAAGCCAACAGUCUUCUUGGACAUCUGCCAAUAAUGAUGACAUUGUAACUGAUGCAUACAGUCCAGCAAGUUCAUCAAGUAGGCAAGGGACAACCAAACAUUCAGAUACAAAAAUUACAGAAGCACAUAAAAUUCCUAUUCAGAAAAUUGCCAGUAAAAAUGAUACUGAGUUUCAGUUGCACAUUCCUGUUCAAAGACAAGUAGCACACUGUAAAAAUGCUUCUCUGCUCUUAGGUGAAAAAACAAUUAUCUUGUCAAGACAGACAAGUGUGCUAAAUGCUGGAAAUUCAGUAUACAGUCACACAAAGAAAAACUAUGGAAGCUCUUCAAUGCAGGCCUCUGAGAUGAUGGUACCUCAAAAGCCAUCUAUGUGCCACCGACCUUGCAAAAUUGAACCAGUUGGAAUUCAGAGGUCAUAUAAGCCUGAACACAUGAGUCUAGCAUCACAAAACUUAUGUGGGCAAAAGCCACCUAUUAGAGACCCUUACUGUAGAACGCAAAACUUGGAAAUCCGUGAAGUAUUUUCAUUGGCUGUUAGUGAUUACCCCCAGAGAAUUCUGGGAGGAAAUGCCCCACAGAAGCCUAGUUCAGCAGAAGGAACUUGUUUGUCCAUUGCAAUGGAGACUGGAGAUGCUGAUGAUGAGUAUGCCAAAGAAGAAGAGUUGGCAUUGAUGGGAGCACAGAUACCAAGCUACUCAAGAUUUUAUGAAAGUGGCAGAUCCCUUGGAUCAGAGAACCAAAGUACAGUACUUCCUGGACCAGGAAGAAAUAUGCCAAAUUCACAAAUGGUGAAUAUUAGAGACUUGGCAGACAAUGUACUCUAUCAAAGCAGAGACUACCAUUUGACACCACGGACCUCAUUGCAUUCAGUAGCUACUACGAUGUACAGUAAUACAAAUCCAUCACGGAGUAAUUUUUCUUCACAUUUCGCAUCAUCAAACCAAUUGAAGUUAUCACAAAACCAAAACAAUUACCAGAUUUCAGGAAACCUUACUGUGCCUUGGAUUACAGGGUGUUCUAGAAAAAGAGCACUACAAGACCGCACUCAGUUCAGUGACCGAGACUUAGCCACCCUUAAGAAGUACUGGGACAAUGGCAUGACCAGCCUUGGUUCUGUGUGUAGAGAGAAAAUUGAAGCAGUUGCAACUGAAUUAAAUGUUGACUGUGAAAUAGUUCGGACUUGGAUUGGGAAUAGAAGAAGGAAAUAUCGUUUAAUGGGGAUUGAAGUUCCACCUCCAAGAGGAGGCCCUGCUGAUUUUUCUGAGCAGCCUGAGUCUGGUUCUUUGUCUGCACUCACAUCAGGAGAGGAAGCUGGUCCAGAAGUAGGGGAGGAUAAUGACAGAAAUGAUGAAGUAUCCAUCUGUUUGUCUGAAGGAAGCUCUCAAGAAGAGUCCAAUGAAGUUCCAAAUGAGGCAAGGGUUCAUAAGGAGGAGGACCACCAUGCAGUAUCCGCAGAUAAUGUGAAAAUAGAAAUUAUUGAUGAUGAAGAAAGUGACAUGAUAAGUAAUUGUGAAGUUGAACAAGUGAAUUCUCUCUUGGAUUAUAAGAAUGAAGAAGUCAGAUUCAUUGAAAAUGAGCUAGAGAUUCAAAAGCAAAAAUACUUUAAACUUCAGACAUUUGUUAGAAGCUUGAUACUAGCUAUGAAAGCUGAUGAUAAGGAACAACAGCAGGCACUGCUGUCAGAUUUACCUCCUGAAUUAGAAGAGAUGGAUUUCAACCAUGCCUCGCUGGAGCCUGAUGAUACCUCAUUCAGUGUGUCUUCUUUAUCAGAGAAAAAUGUCUCAGACAGUUUGUAAUUUAAGGGGGCAUAUAUGACACAGCAUUUUGGCUAAGAGGUGUGCAUUUCAAGAUAACUGCAUUCUGUUGCCUCAAAAUUCUUCAGUUGGAAAAGCAUAUUGUUGAAACUGACAUGCCCUGUGAAUAAUGGACAAGAUAUAAUGGCUACAGUGUAAAAAAUGUAUGUGAAAUUUAAAAGCAGUGUUUGAGAAUUUUUUUCCAAAUUGGUAAAACUCUGGUGAAAAUUGUAUUUAAAUUUUAGGAAUUUAGCUAUGAAAUGCAUAAUGCCUAAUUUCUGAAAUAUUUGUUUGGUUUUUAGAAGAAUCUUAGUUUUAGUAAUAGUUUUGACCAGAGACACAAAAAUAAAGGUAUUUCAACAUUGCUUAUCAAGUUACUAACGCUUGGUUAGUUUUGUUUUGUAGCCAUUACAUCUUUCUUCUCUCACCUUUUCCUAUAUCCACAUACACUUUUACUCAGGAAAGUGGACUCAAAUUUGAAAGAAAAAACAAAAACUUUAAAAAUGAUUUUACCUGGAUGAGUCCUGGGAUUUAUUUUCCAACUCCUAUGAGAAUUUGACUUCAGUUAAUGAUUGAAAAUUGAAGUGAUUACUGGUAUAUAAUUGUAAAUUUAUGGCAUUCCUCCAUUUCCUAACCAAAACAUUUGGGGAGAAGGGGGAAAGCACUAUGAAAAAUAAUUCACCAACAUGAAGUCGAAUAAAUUAUUAAGUGUACAGAAACAAAAUGUUGUAAAAAAUUAGUCUUAAUGGGAAUUCUUCAUUGUUGCAAAUGGCAAGUAUUGAUAAGAUUCACAUUCCACUAAUAAAUUUGUGUAACUGAGUUAGUUGAAAUGUUGCACAAAUAUUACACAUUUAUCACUCUUUAUAAUAUUUUUUCAGUUACAUUUUAUGAAACAGGAAGUUAAGGUAAGGCACUGAGAUUUCUUUUUUAAUCUGGUCACUCAGCUUUGCCACAAAAUUUACCUCCUUCUCAUGUGAAGCUCCUACAGAGCCAUCAACCAAGGAUAAUAUCCAAAAAAGUUAUACACACUAUGGUUGUGAAUCACAGUUCUAAUUUCCUGGAUACUAUUCUUUUGAAGGGAGUGAAUGGCAGACAGAGAGAGAGAGAAUCCUAAGCAGGCUCCAGGCCCGCCACAAAGCCCAGACAAGGGACUUGAUUUCACAACUGUUGAGAUCAUGACCUGAACCAAAAUCAAGAGUUGGACGCUUAACUGACUUGGUCAUCCAUGUGUCCCUUCUGGAUACCAUUCUAUGAAUACACUCUUAAAUGGACAUGCUACACAGUUGUACCAGAUUGCUACACACUGUAGAUGAUUCUUUGCAGACCAUUCCUUCUGGGGUACCAGAAGGCAUUACCAAGACACAUAGAAAGGAAAAUACCAGUUUCUCCCUGAGCCACACAGCAUCAUGUAUUUGUGAGUUGGCUGUGUGGAUUUGUGUUGCAUGGUUAAAUUACUGUCUAUUUCUAAAAGAUUAACGAAGUAGCUACAUGGCUGCUUUGGUCAUCACGUUUCUGUGUCAUAUAUUUUUGUAAUUUGUAAGUAAAACAAAUUUUGAUCUUGGAAUUCACAAAUACUAAUUAUGAAUACAGAAAAGAAGUCAUGACUGUCUUUGACCUUGAAAUGCUCCCUCCCCACAUACACAAAUAGGUAAGGUUCAUUGAUAAUCCCCCAUUUUGUCAGUAAUUUAUUAUUGUUGCCAUGCUACUGCUAUGGUUCUUUUGUUAGAAAUAUUUUAGCUGGAAGCCAUAUGGUUCUUUGUAAAUAAUGCUUAGUACUUCUGGCUGACAAGUAAAAUUCCAUUCAAAAAAAGAGUGCUGAAAAGAACCUCAGACAUUAGGAUUAAAUUUAGCAGUUACACCAAUUCCUCCAUGACAUAAAGAGUCCCUACUAUAUACAACAUUCUUAAGGUAAAAUGAACAAAUUCCAGGCUUUCAAGUCUCUCCUAGGAGCUCCUUCCUAGUCAUUGAGUUUAUCUUUAAACUCUAAUUUCUUCUGCUUCAGUUUAAACUCUUUUUUAUUUGUUUCUUGUCACUAAGUAAGGAUAGCUCAUUCUCUCCUACAUCUUUCAACUUUAUGGUUUGCAUUUGUCACACCCCAGCGAUUAGUCACCAAAUAAAAAAUAUCUUAUUGAACUUUUGCUAUAGGGACAUUGGAUUUCUACUCAGCAAGCUACAAACUUCAAAACGAAUUAUGUCUUUUCACUUUUUCAGGAAUAUUAAUAAAAAUUAUUUAAGUAGAAAUUUUAAUAGAUUUAAAGGUUCUGUUAGGUGUAAUUCCUAGAAAAACAUCUUAUCUACAAUUUUGAGAACAAACAUAAAUGAUUCCUUUGUCCCUAUUUAAAAUUCCAUUAAAAUAGAAGCAGUACACUUAAGAAUCCUUUUGUUUUGGCGUUUGUGUUUCAGCACCAUAAUUAUUUAUUUUACUCUCAUAAAAUUAAACAUUUUAUGGGCAGCUUGGUAGCUCGGUUGAGCAUCUGACUUGUGCUCAGGUCAUGAUCUCAGUUUGUGAGUUCAAGCCCCACAUUGGGCUCACUGCUGUCAGCACAGAGCCUGCUUCAGAUCCUCUGUCCCUCUCUCUCUCUGCCCCUCCCCUGUUUGUGCUGUCUCAAAAAUAUAUGGACAUUUAAAAAAUUAAACAUUUUAAAAACAAAAUAUAGUUGUUAUGUAGCAGGAACCAAAAGAAAUAGCUGUAUCUAGAAAAAAUCAUAAUUGACAGUAUGAAAUUAAGCACUGCAGAUUUUUUAAAAGAUACCAAGGUCAAGUACUAAAAACCUAUUAUGAAGAAAAUAUAUCUUUAACACAUAUAGAUGGAAUUUUUGAGACAUCUUAAAGCAGAAAACAUAUCAGUUUGACUGCUUUUGUGAUAUUUUCAUGACUGGGGGGAGAAAAACAGCUAGUGUUUCUUUCUUUUGGGCUUUGACACAUUAAAGCAGACCAUACUAUCUGGAGUAUCUCUCACAAAGACGGAUACCAAGGUGAAAAAACUUGUUUUUCCUUCAGCUACACUUUGAUGUCUGCUUUCAGCUUAGGAUAACCAACCAGUUUCUAAGCAACAAAGUAUAUAUAAGGGCACUUACCUUAAAUGUGUAUUAAAAAAUAACUUGAAGGUACCUUCCUCAUUUCAGCCAAGCUAACGUUAGUCACAAGAAAACGAGAACCGCAGUGAUGCUGGAGAAUGGAAAAAUUAGCAUAUGCAAGGACAACCUCAAAAGAAAAUUGAUCUUUUCAUGAAAAAUGGGGAUGUUUUAUUGUAAGAUCAAGUAUCAACAUUGAGACUUCUAUGCUACCAUUGUAAUAAUAAUAAAAACAUUUAUCAUUGUUGGAGAAAAAAUGCUGCAAACCACUCACAUCCUGUGCUCUGUAUACUACCAAACUUCAAAAAUGUUGAAGAGGCCAUUUUUCCAAAGGCAGCAGCAUGUAUUUUAAGGCACUUUCAUAGUCCACCAUCUUUAAGUUUGUAGGAGAAAACAUAAGUAGUGAAUUUAAAAGAAUUUUAGGCUCUAAGUUAGACUUUGUUGCCUUCUGUUUUGGGGGAAGAGGGGAAAUUCCACUCAUUUCCUAGGAACAGUUUCCUCAUCUUAGCCUGAUAACUUAUGGUCAUUUUUAAGAGAAAUUCUGAAAAUGUUCCCUUCACAUUGUAGUGAUGGUGUACCAAGAAUAUUAUCUAUUUAAAAAAUAUAUAUUAGAUUUUCAUUCAGGUCCUAAAAAUGCCAAAUUCUGACUUAUUAGCCUUUUAAGGGAGCUAUCAGUACUAUAAUAUUUAAAAGAUGAGUACAUGGGUUUAUCUUUGAAGUUGGCAUUAUCCUUGGCAGACAACACUAUCAUACUCAUAAUAUCAAGCUAUGCUCUGCAAUAAUAUGAGGGAGAAGCCUACUAAUUUGUGAGACUGCAGUCAGCAUGCCAUUGCCAAAAGCAAACCAUUAUUUAAGAGCAGAUUUGCUAAGAGGGAAAAGAUAAUAAAAUAAUAUUUUCUUGAAAAUAAAUAUGAUUUUUCCAUUAAAGUUUAUACUGAGUAUAUAUUGCUCUGCAUUGGAAUUUUAUUUUGUAUUAACUUGUUAAGUAGUUCCUUUAAGCGAUCUUGCAUCCCAUUUUACUGAUACUACCUCUGAAAUAUACUACCACCUUGAAAACCACAUCACUGUAAUGUGAUCUUUUGUAGGGUUUUUAUUUAAAGUUUUAUAGAGGCAAUAAAUGAUUUCUAACUAA